GCUCCACUCAAUUCAGCAACAAAGAUCUCAAGAUAAGCCGAUACCUGGCUUAAAUUCCGAUCAAAUGGGACUACUUGAUCAGUUAUGGGACGACAUCAUAGCCGGUCCUCCACCGGAUAACGGCCUCGGCAAGCUCCGAAAGUACACUUUCCGGCGGCCUAACUCCGCCAAGGAAUCUGAUGGUGGGAGUGGGAGAUCAUACGGUGAUGAAACUUCGUUGGAGGAAGCGAUGAGAGUGACACGUACUAUUAUGAUCGUAAAACCGCCGGGUUAUCAGAUCGGAUCUCCUCCGGUUUCGCCGUCAGGUUCUUCUCCUCCGGCUUCUCCGGCCGGAACGUCUCCUCCGGUCUCUCCUUUUUCCGGUAAAAAGAAGCAAAGAGUCAUUUCGGUUUCGAAGAAGAUCGACGGCGGAUACGGUCAGGAAGAUCGAGCAGGUUGGACUCGGGAGCUCUCAUCCUGCUUACAACGUGCGAGAUAUGAAAUGAACCAAUUGUGCGGUUAGGUGGGUAGCUUCUAU